UAAAAAUAGUAACAGGGAACUGGAGAUGACAUGUAAGAAGAUCUUCUGCGGUGUCCACCAAGGAAACACCACGCACAACCUAUGAACAAUCAGAAGAAAGGAAAACAAAUUGUUGCAGGAUACUUUUGACAAUGCUUUGAAAAAUUAAGAGGAAUUUCAGCUGUUGAAAUUUGUUUGACAGAGCUGUAAACAUGGCGUCGCUUCGUCCAAAUGAUCAUGAAAAUCUCAUGAAAAAGCUCGCAAUUGUGCAGAAGAAAUCUCUUGAUGUGAAAUUUGAUCUGACUGAUACAGACUAUCAGGCUGUGGAGAAUAUUGGUAUUGGAGCCUAUGGUGUGGUGUGUUCAGCUAUUCACAGAAAGACUCAAGAUCGUGUGGCUAUAAAGAAAAUCCCCAGAAUAUUUGACUACUGUAAAAUAGGAACAACAACAUACAGGGAAAUAAAAAUUUUGAAACAUUUUAAACAUGAUAAUAUCAUUUCUAUCAGGGAUAUUAUCAAGCCUAAGGAAUCAAUGGCUGAGUUUCGAGACAUUUAUGUUGUGUUUGAUUUGAUGGAAAGUGACCUUCACAAAAUUAUCUAUUCCAAACAGGAUCUUUCAGAGGAACAUGUGAGAUAUUUCCUCUACCAGUUACUAAGGGGACUCAAGUAUAUUCACUCUGCAAAUGUUAUCCACAGAGAUCUGAAGCCAAGUAAUCUUCUUGUCAAUGAAGAUUGCCAGCUAAAGAUAGGAGAUUUUGGUAUGGCACGAGGAGUGUCAGCAUCACCAGAAGAACCUAACCACUUCAUGACACAGUACGUGGCAACACGCUGGUACCGUGCUCCCGAGAUCAUGCUGGCAUUGGUAGAGUAUGGCGCAGCUGUGGAUGUGUGGUCUGUUGGAUGUAUCUUUGCAGAAAUGCUUGGACGCAAACAUCUCUUUCCAGGGAAAGAUUACAUAAGCCAGAUUAAAUUGAUCGUAGGAAUACUUGGUUCCCCGUCUGAUGGACUUUUUCAGUUGUGUCAAUCGGAUCUCAUCAAGCAGUUUAUUACAAAACUUGGGAAGAAAGAAUCCAUUGCUUGGAAUUCUCUGUUUCCCAAGGCCAGUAAGAAAGCUCUGGACCUGUUGGGGAAGAUGUUGGUGCUGCACCCUGGUGACAGGAUCUCAGUAGAUAAUGCUCUCAACCAUCCUUAUCUCAACAAAUAUCACGAUCCAGAUGAUGAACCAAUAUGUCUGCCAACGUUUAACUUUGAUUUUGAGAAUGAAGAAAUGACAACGACUAAACUUCGGAAUAUCAUUUACAAAGAGAUCAUGGAUUAUCAUGAACCAAAAAGCUCAGUUAUGAAAUUUAGUGCCUGUCUCAAGCCAGUUCCUCGGGAAUCUACAUGUACUAUAUCAACACCUCCAAAACAGGAGAGUUCUACAUCGCAAAGUUCAAUAGAUCAAAAGCCUGUAUUAGAUGGAUUACAAGUUGUUCCCCAGAUUCAGUUAAAAGAGGAAUUUAAGCAACUGACAAUCAAAAACAGUGAAGAAAGAGUUACUCUUGAUAAGGAUAGUAUGAAGAUACCCACAAAUGAUGUAGAAAUGCCGAGUGCCAAGUCAGAGGGUGGUGAAGCACAGUCAGCUGCUCCUGUGUCUCGUAUAAAGGAAGAGGUUCAACAGGAAAUCAAGAAGGAAAAUAAAACCAUUUCAUCUGAUACCAAGGCCCUAGUGAAGGCGGCACUGCUCAACUCUAGUCUGAAGAAACAAAGACAUGAAUCUGCAGCAGAUGGAGAUGACAGACCAAAACCUAUCACUGCAGCUCAAAGACAGAAGGAGAGAGAAGAAAAAAGAAGGAAGAAGAAGGAAAAGGCUUUAGAGAGGACAAAAAAGAAAAAAGAGCAGAAAGCUGCAACUGAUGCUGGAGGAUUUCUAACAGAUGCUGACAGAGAACUUCUCAACAGAUGGUCUAAGAUGCAAAAAGUUAACCAUCCUAUUGCACCCAAGCCUGACAACAAGUCCAACCCCACACCUCAGCCUGCAAACUGUAAUAUGAUAUCUAUAGGCGAAACAGGUCAGACACUGGGCCAGCAGUGUCUCCAACAGUACCUGGCCAAUCAGAAAAAGGCUGCAGAAGCCCGUGCAUAUGAUUCUGAUCCAUCUCAGCCACAGAUCAAUCCGAGUGGUACUGUACAUCAAGGAUCUCACAGAACAGAAAGUAACAUAUCACAACCUGGUCAUUCUGGACAGCAUCAGCCAGGCAUCACACAGUCGGCCAACUUCCCUCAGGACAGUUCACAAAAGAAUUGCCAAGCAGUUAAUACAACUAUGUCUGGUCUACAAGCUGCUCAAAAUAUAAUCAGUACAAAAGUGGGAAAUUCUCAUGGGGAUGUAUCAUCCAACAAACAAAAUAACAUGUCAUAUACUCAACAACUUUCACUGAUUGCAGGAAGCCACAGUGGCCAAGGCAUUAUGGGUAAUCUUGUUCAGCAGCAAGACAUAAUGGAAGGUGGUGUUCAUAAAUCUGAGGGAAAUAAUAUAAAUAAUGACCUUUCAACUAUUAGUUUUGAGAACUUAAAAAUGCUUGGAAUAAUUAAUUCCCAAACAGCAAACACAAAUCUUCAGCAUGGCCAUUUCUUCAAUACACCUCAGCAAAGUCUGUCAUUUAGUACCUCUGGAGGGGAGAAUGCACCAAGUGCCACAGCCACAUCUCUCCUCCAAGAUGAAAAUCAAAAUCAGGCCUUCUCACAAGUUCGAGGACCUGUUUCUCAUGGGUCCCCAGCUUCUCCUCACAAAGAGUACAGCAAUCAUAGUUCUCCUGAGAGUUAUCAGUCACAUGGUUCACCAGAGUAUUAUCAAGGAGAAACACAAGAUCAGAGUAACAAACAUUUGGGGUCAUACUCUGAACCCAGUCCUGACCUUCAACAAAGGUCACCACAACAGGGCUUCCAGCAGGGGGCACACGAUUCUGUGUUUCAGCAGAGGUCUCCUCCAUCAACAUUUGACCAACAGCAAUCUCCACAGUCGUUGUUCCAACAGCAGAAUUCUCCUCAGUCAACCUUUGAUGAGUUUGGUCGCAGGCCAAGUGAUGAUCAGCUCAGCAAUGCAGAUAGCCAGUCUAGCAACCCUGGUCUGUCGGAUGCCAUAUUGUCAAUGAACACAGUUCAGGAUUUGAGUGGACACAUAAAUCAGAUGCCAUUUGCUCAUGGACACUACUUUGCUGGUAGCUCCCAAAUACCUUUCAAACAAGAUGCCACUGCACAGAGUCAGCCUACUCAGCCUAAUCAGCCUUAUUUCACCUCUGGUUCCUCUAUGCAUCCUGGUCAGUCGCUGACCAAUCAUCUUGUAUUCAAUGCUAACUCUCCGCCAGGUCUAAUUGCCUCUCUGUCCCGACAGUUCUCAAGGUCACAGGUUGAUGACCCUUGUCCACCUGCCUUAGCCCUGACCCCACGUGGUACAGGAGCUGGAUAUGGUGUUGGAAUGGAUCUGGAUGCCCUCAUGGUUGAUGCCCAAGAAAUCGGUGCCCGCCCUGAACCCUCACCAUUGUCAUCCUCCCUGCUGACUGACUGGAUGGAGGUUACCAGUGACCUUAAUAUAGAUAUGGAUGCCUUGGAGCAGGAGUUGAGCCUUCAGUCACCCAUGACCUUGUCUUAUAAUGACCUCUCCAUGUACACCACCUGAUCAAGUGCUGUGUCAUGGUUACAUUUGUAGAGAUGUUAAAAAAAAAAAAAAUUGUGAUACUGUAUAGCUAGUAAUACGCACUGGGACUACGCACUGGGAAUUUCAGUAUAUUCACCAUCAAUAAAGAUUGCAGGAAAUUAAGUAUGCAGCAAUCAUUUUUACCAUGAUUCCAAAUCUCAGAAAAUGAUGUUAUACAGGCAUAAAAUUUAUUACCGUAUAAUGAGCCCAAAUUGAAACAUUGAAAUAUGAGCCCCACAUAAUCAAAAAAAAAAAAAAAAUCAACAGUAUGUGUUGAUUUAGAUGUUAUAACUAUGAUAUGACCUUAAUUUACUGUAAAUACACAGAUUUCAAAUCAAAGUUGUCAGUAGAUUUUAAAUGAAAGUGUUGAGGAAUAGGGAGUGAUUAUGAGACAACACACUAGUCUUAUUGUAAUAAAACAGCAAUUGAAAGA